GGUGUUUAUUUUCCCUAAUGACGACAGCACCUUUCUUGUGCCAGGAACUGAGCAGCGAAGCAGAGAAGGAAGGAGGAAAUCUGAUGGGAGGGAGCGACUACAGCAGGAAUAUUUAGGAUACGCGCUUCGUCGUGUAGCUAUGACUCCAAGGACACUGCAGUGAGGUGUUCCUGGUGUGUUGGCUAGCUGAUGUACGACGAGAUUAGCUAGCUGUUUCUGUUUACCGAAGUUUGGGCUGAAAAGUUCACGGCGGUGCGGGAUCGGCGUUUAACAUUAUUAUUGGCUCUGUUCUACUGCUGAAACAGACCUACAGAUACAGAAGACAUGGUGUCCUGGAUGAUUUCGAGAUGCGUUGUGCUGCUGUUUGGGACUCUGUAUCCUGCGUACUACUCUUACAAAGCUGUCAAGACCAAAAAUGUUAAGGAAUAUGUGCGAUGGAUGAUGUACUGGAUUGUAUUUGCCCUCUACACUGUCGUGGAGACGAUCACUGACCUAACACUGGCAUGGUUUCCUCUCUACUACGAGCUAAAGAUAGCUUUUGUGGUCUGGCUGCUGUCCCCUUACACCAGAGGAGCAAGUCUUAUUUACAGGAAGUGUCUGCAUCCUUUGCUGUCCUCCAGAGAAAGGGAAAUAGAUGAGUACAUUGUGCAGGCCAAAGAGAGAAGCUAUGAGACCAUGGUGAACUUUGGCAAGCAGGGCCUGAGCAUUGCAGCCACCGCUGCGGUCACUGCAGCCGUCAAGGCAAGUUAUUCUUUUUUUUAUUUUUCACGUGAGUGCACUACAGUUUUAUGUUAGAUAGCACGGCUAAGUCAGUUUUCAUCUUCUUUCUCACUACUUUGCUACAGAGUAGGGCUGUGCGAUAUGUCCAGAAUCCCAUAUCCCGAUAUAAAACAUCUAUCGUCCGAUAACGAUGUA